AUGUUCGAUAGGGGGGUCGUCAACGCCCGCCAUCUGCAGAAGCUUUUUCAGCCGAAUCAGUUGGUCAUUUUGAAGGCCUCUGACGAAUUCAAUGUCUAUGCGUUGGACGACUCUCCAGAGAUUUCAAAGGAAGACGUAUUAUUCACGGGAUGGUCGUAUUUCUAUGUUGAAGGCAGCUUACGACAAAGGAUGUGGCGCGAUACCAUGAGCCCUGUUGGCAAUGAAGACGUCAACAUAUCAAAUCUCAAGGUCCAUCCGGUCAGCUUCGGAAAAAAGGAAGACAUUGAAAAAUUGACUUCAAGGGGCGAAGCAUUUUGGAGAAUGAAAGGACGAUACUACGGGUGCUAUACUGGCUGGGAUCAUCGGCACGACCAUUGCUACAACUCAUCUCGAUUCAUGGUAGACCUAGCUACUCAUCAGCUCAUGCAUCCGCCAAAAAAGCCGGAUUUUCAUGUCCCGACCGAGCAUCCAAUCAACUAUGCCUGGCCAAAGAAAAUCAAGUGGGAGCACAAGAUAACACCCGAAACGAUUCUGCUUCUUCCUUCGACCGUGCACGGUUUCAAUCUCCAAGAGAAAAAAUGGUUUGACCUAGACGUGGAUAAAUUCCAUCCGGUCGCAUGGAACAAAAACGCAUUCAAGCGUCUGGUACUUGAAGAAAAGAUAAAGGAGAUGAUAUAUGCUCUCGUAGACAUUCAAACAGCGACGAAAAGGAUGGACGACAUCAUAACUGGGAAGGGGAACGGUCUCAUAGUUCUGCUUCAUGGCAGCCCAGGUACUGGGAAAACCUUGACAGCCGAGAGUGUGGCAGAAAUCGCAGAGAAGCCACUGUACCGUGUUACCUGCGGUGACAUUGGUACUGAGGCUCAAGAUGUCGAGAAGUAUCUGUCUACGGUUCUAUACCUGGGAAAGCUAUGGGACUGCGUCCUUUUGCUUGACGAAGCCGAUGUCUUCUUGGAAGAAAGAACUUUUGCCGACUUGCAAAGAAACAGUUUGGUGUCAGUUUUCCUGCGAACCUUGGAAUACUACGAGGGUAUCCUCAUCCUCACGUCGAACCGCGUUGGCCACUUCGACGAAGCGUUCAAAUCACGUAUCCAGGUGGCAAUCCAUUACGAAAAUCUUUCCAAGAAGUCUCGCAAAGCCAUUUGGCAAAACUUCCUCGAAAUGAUCGAGGAUUCUGCAGAUGAAGACGCGAACAUCUCCGAGCUUGAAGGCCAUUUGGAUCAGCUAGCCUCGGAGGAGAUGAACGGCAGGCAAAUCCGUAAUGCCUUACUCACGGCAAGGCAAUUAGCCAAGCACCGGAAGGAACGGUUGGAAUGGGAGCAUUUGGAUCAAGUAAUGAAGACUUCGGCGGCUUUCAACAAGUAUCUGAAGACGGUUCGUGGACAGAGUGACGAUAAGCUAGCACGAGAUGAGGGACGGCGAUGA